ACAACAUAUUAGGGGUCAGUUCUAGGAAUAUGAGGGUGUCAGAAUACAACAUAUUAGGGGUCAAUACUAGGAAAUACCGGUAUGAGGAUACCAGGACGCAACAUAUGAAGAAUAGGGGUAGGGGGAGAACGAGACAAAUGAGCGGUCAGUGCAUGGAAUGCGAGGCUCCAGAUAACGGGAUUGAGAGUUCCUUUAUGUAGUAAUUGUAAUCAUUGCACUUAUGAGAUGCCACAUUUUGUAUGGGAAGAGGGAGUAAACUACUGAUACUCGAACACAUACAGGAUAUUUUCCAAGAUUUCUCUUGGGAAUUCUCUUAUUUAGCAUUUGUUAAUAUAAAAAAUUCGCUAUAACUCAUGCCAUAACUGAAAUUAACUGCCGCUCUGCAAUUUCAUAAAUCAUAUUAAUGCAUGAAUUUGCAUCAGACAUUGACAGACAUAUCUAACAAAACCUACUGGCUGUAAAACACUAAAUGGAAGUUGCUUAUGAUAACAAUUAUAAAAAUCAAUAGAAGAUUUAUUUAUGCGCGUUCCUCACACACCAUCAGUUCUUCUGAUACAGAAACUGUAUCAAUUGGAUUGUAUAAAAUAUUUAUUUGGGAUUGAAGUGUUUCCUUCCGUAAUCGUUCCGUAAUCGGCCGUUGAGGGUUCAUUUUGAAAAACACUGUGAUGUCAAACUACUCGCCCGAAGUGAUUGGUCUCCGUGUCGACUCGUCCCAACUGGAUCAUACUCAAUUGCUUACAGGUGUUGUCAGUCGAAGUGUUCAUCGCUAGAGUUCCAGGUGUACUAAGGGAGCUUGACAACCUCUGCUGACAGGUUUUUAACAGAUUUUGCAUAUUCGCCUUGUGUCUGUCGCUGUUGGGUAAUUUGCUGUCUUCACUGUGCCUAUACUGAUACCGAUACCGCUGAUUUACAUUUAUAUUAGUAAACACUGUCCAAUGGAUGCUACCCUCAUGAAUUAAUUACCACACAAAGACACCAUUUCCAGGACGUGCAGACCAACGGAUUCCACACAAGUUAUUGGGAAUACAGAUACCGUUCCUUUUGGUCUGUUAGCAGUGACAAAUAAGGCAGGAUGUUGCAUUGAUGUCAACAAAUGAAAAUUCACGUAUUUGCUUCAUAUUUAUUUUCUACGAUUUCUGAAGUGUUUCUUCCUUUAAACAACAGAUACCAAUUCUAUUGGCAUUCGGAAUCCCCCUGACAUCUAGCGUGUGAACAAUGUGUAUCUUCUCUGAUGCGUUAUGGUGGCUCGGACUGAGUUUGUGUCGCACCUCUAUAAAUCGACAUCAAUAGCGAAGAGACAGUCAACGUGACAGUUAAUCAUUGGAAGUCAGGCGGUUAAAAGGAAGGAACUCUUGAUUGUGUGACUUGUUUUAGAAAGAGCAGGAUAUCAUCUUUACUUGUAGGAAUAAGAAAUAUUCUUUCUUUUUUUAAAGAUGUUGUUUACAAAAUGAAUGCAAUAAUUCCGAGGAAAAUUCAGAAAGUGAUGAGUUGGGACAGUGAGGAAAAUGUAUGCAAGAAUACGAAUACCGGAUCCAUGCAUAAAUAGUAUAAGAUUGCAAUAAUCUUUUGGAUUGAAACAAGUUAGAUAGAUCACGAGUUUUCAUUCUUGCUGGGAUACGAUUCAUUUUGGCACCAUCGUCCUAUCGUUGACACUUUGUGAUGUCCCGAGAAGAAAACUAGACACGUUGUCAGGUUAAGCCGAUGAUUUCAAUCGAGGGGGCAAUAUCACUGUACGGAUAUGAAGUUUUGACAAACAUUGGACGUCCAAUUGUAACCAUUGUUUGAUCACGGUCUGUCUUCGCAGUCAUACAGACAAGGGACUUUUUAAAAAAUCUCAUGUUUGCUCAUUAUUCUGUGCUGCGCCACUGAGUGUGUUUUUGGGUGAUAAGAAAUUCAUUUAACCUGUAUCAACAAUUUAGUCAAUCUUUCAUAUUGAUUGUGGGGAAAGGCUGCUGUGAAGCUGGUCUCUUUCAUACGAACAAUUAAAGGUUGACGCAUUUGAAUCUCCAGGGACAGUGUGAAACCCAAGUGGAUUUGAAUUUGUAUUCACAGCACAGGAAGACGGUGAAAGUCGAAACAGAAAGGACAAAUUACCGACAUUUGUCAGACAUUUUCGGAUGUUGAGUGCAAACAAUUAAAUUACCGCAAGAUAACAAGAAGUAAAAGAUCACAUUUAGAGACAUCCAAAAUCUCGUUGAUUCUCCCACAUGAAUAUAAUGGAACAAUUUUUCAGCGACUGAUUUCAUUCAAAAGAAUGGUAUCCUUAAGUUCCCUAGGAUACAUAGUACGCAUCAUGACACCUAGAUGAAUGAUUAAUUUAUGAUUAGUGUUAUGGAAUUUAAUGAUCCACGAUCGGAUUUCGGAAUUAUUUGUGCCUCGACGGAUUAAAAUUUCACCAGAUUACAUCUGUAGGUUGGGUAUAAUUGAUAAAUUUAUUGGAAAACACAAAACUGAAACGAUAUUUAUCUGUGUGUGGUAAGGAAAGCAUUUUGUUUGUUGCCAACUUUCAUUUUCCCCUUCAAUUACUUCCCAGGGAUAGAAUGGCGACAAGCGUUUCAGCAACUUUCUCUGUAUUUAGAGGUAAUAAUGGAACGACAGAGUCCGCCACCUUCCUCAGCGGGCCCCAGGUAAAGAGUUUAGACUUCGUUAUCCCCACAACUAUAUUCUUGGGACUUAUGGUGUUAGCGACAAUCAUAGGCAAUGUGUUCGUCAUUGCGGCCAUACUUUUGGAGAAAAACUUACAAAAUGUUGCCAACUACUUAAUAUUAUCGUUAGCGGUUGCAGAUUUGAUGGUGGCAACAUUAGUGAUGCCGAUAAGCAUACUGAACGAGGUCACCAAGGCCUGGUUUCUGCAGAAUGAGGUGUGUGAUAUGUGGAUUACCUUUGAUAUGCUGUGUUGCACGGCUUCUAUAUUACAUCUGGUAGCGAUCUCCGUGGACCGCUACUGGGCGGUAACAAACAUAGACUAUGUCCGUAAUAGAAGUGCCAAAACCAUUCUAAUUAUGAUUGCAAUCGCAUGGCUUGUUGGACUAUGUAUCGCCAUGCCCCGUCUUUUGGGAUGGCGGAAUCCUGAGAAUGUGCCCAGUCGGUCAGGAAUGUGUAUGAUCAACCAAGACAUUUUGUAUACCUUUUUUUCAACAGGGGGUGCCUUUUACGUACCGACAAUAAUCAUGCUGAUUAUAUACGCAAAGAUAUAUCAAGUGGCGCGAUCUCGAAUUCGGAAGAAGAAUUUCAUGAAGAAACAGAGUAGAAAAAAGAAAUACAUGAUUUCCACGCCGUGUACGACGAAUGGUGUGACGGGGUCGUCUCCGAACGGAACGACGGAAACCUCCAUUAUGUUGGACGAAACCUCGUGUGUGAAUGGAAUAAAUGGAGUUAAUGAUAAAAAUGACAAUUCCAAACUGACCCCAAACGCGUCAGCUGAGGAGGUGAAAUUGGCAUUGCUCCCAAACGCUUGUGUGAAUGCUGCUAAGGCAAAAAAGCAAAAGGAGAAACUGGAAAUGAAGAGAGAGCGCAAGGCCGCCCGGACAUUGGGUAUAAUCACUGGCGCUUACAUCGUGUGUUGGCUUCCAUUUUUUAUCAUUGCACUUCUCAGUCCAUUUGUAGAGGAAAUCCCGAACAUAGUAAACAGCAUUGUUCUGUGGUUGGGGUACUGCAAUAGUCUUUUGAAUCCAGUCAUAUAUACAAUUUUUAAUCCGGAAUUUCGUAACGCCUUCCAAAAGAUUUUGUUUGGGAAAUAUUCAAGAAGAAGGUGAAAUGAAUUUGUUUUUGUGUGUGUGUGUUAAGGUUCUAUUAGAUUCGAUAUUUCAAUGCUUAUAAAUAUUCGUUUCUCAUCUUACUGAACUUUCCAACAAUCAUAAUGCUUCAUGUAUAAAACAUAUUAUUUUAAUCUUAAAAGUCAUUAUAUCAAGGAUUUACCCCCUCUAACAACCGCAGAAUAUAUUUUGAUAUGUGUAUGUUUUGGACAUAUAAAGAAGAUACACAUGUAUUGAUAAAUGGCACAUUUUUCCACAAUCAUAUAAUGUUAAUAGACUUGCUAACUAAAACAAAAGCCAUUUUGUUUACUGGUUGAGGAUACGCAUAUAUGAAUACUAUAUUUACAAUAAAUCCAUGCAACAUGUUUAAGUAUAUCAUGGAGCUGAAGUUAAUUUUGGAGGCUUCGUUCUGUCGUUUGAUUUAAUGAAGCGGUAAAGAAUCUGUUUUCCAUGUUUCAAUUACAGAGAGCUAUUUUUAUACACAUUGAAUGUUGUUUGUUGUUUAAACUCAUACUACAUGUUUCAUGCAGCUGUUGUUUUUUUUUUCUCUCACAAAUUUGUAUUCAGUUAUGUUGGUAUUGUCAAAUAUUUUUAUCUCAUUUGAGCUGGGACUCUAUCAUAAGCCUUUUCUAAUCCACGUUUGUCUGUGUUUUUAAGUGUCUGUUACUGAAAAUAUUUUCAUUUUUGGGGGGUCAUGGGGUUAUCGUUAGAUAUCACUUAAAACCAACAUUAAGAUAAAAGUACAUGAAAAUUGUGUUUCAGGCUAAUUCAAUCGGUAGACAAAAUGAAAGUUUAGACGGAUCCAUUUCAUGUGAAACCAUUGAAAUAUAACAAGUGUUUCACACCGAUUUUUAUUAAUUUGACAUCGUGGUAAGUAGAGACUGUGUGAAAUGGGGUUAUAACAUUUCUUCAAUGCAUGCACGGAUUUGAUAAUGACCGUGCAUGUCUUUUUUAAAUUGGUAAUCACACAUUGUACGAGUCGGCGUUCCUAGUUCAGGUAAAGGGUCAUUGUCUCUUAUAAUAAUAGAAAAAUGGUAUAUUACGAAAAACAUUUUACCGACCAGAUAUAUUAGUAAUAGCUUACAGAACCAACUUUAGGCCUCCAUAAAGUCAAACAACUUUAUGUAGUGACACUUUUUUUAAUUGUUAGUAAUAUUUCGCCGGAAUGGAGAUCGUCUACGUUUUCGUAAAAAAGCAAGGUUCAUUGCCUCUUUAAAGCAAGUUAUCAAUUACAAUAUGAUGUAAUAUACUAAAGCAUUAAAUGUUAAUAGUUCUGAGGUCUAUUGUCCUGAUAAUACACUACGAGCUGUGUAGAUAAAUUUGAUAAACUUGGUGCGUUAUGAAAACUUGUCUACACAGGGUUGUGGGUAUACAGCACUUUAGAUACCAAAAUAAAAGCAUUUGUCAUUGUACUAUUCCAUUUGUUACAACUAUCGGUACACUUAUUUCAGUGAAUGAGUUGGAGCAGCCAUGGGUUAUUUCAAAUAAACCACAUAUUUAUAUUUUUUCAUUGCAAAAUAAUAUCGAAAUGUAAAUAUUAAUGCAUGUAUAUAAGGGGAUUGUUUCAUUAACGGUAUAUUUCAUGCAGACACAAAUGAUUUCAAAACUAUUAUCAUAAUUUCAAUGCUGUAUUCAAAUGACUAUCACUGAAAGCAAGAUUUCUUAAGAGUUUCAAAACGCAGUUAAGUUUCUUUGAAAUCCCAUCGAAAAUGGUUCAUGUGGAGUAAUACUUUUACGAAUGUGAAAUUGGACAAUAUUUAACAUAAUACAACUCCGGAAAUCAUUUUGACUAUUAUAAGUUUCUUUUAUAUCAAAACUUUUGUGUAAUAUUACGACAAUUACAUUAAGAAAACCUGUGAGCCCAGACUGCAUGUGAAAAAGAAGAAAACGAUUACCUGAAAGUGGAUUCACAAGUAGACAGUUUGAUUUGUUAGAACUAAAUUGUAAAACUUUUGUGUUUGUUCUGGUGUAUAUUGCAUCAUAUUGUGGGUGGGUUUUUUUUUUAAAGUUAACUUACGUGUAGGAAACAUUAAGCAGGGGUGUGCAUAUCAUGGUUACAGCAAUACUCGAGCUCGGUGUGUUCAAGUAUUUUUCUUCUGAAAAAAAAACCACCCCAAUAUCAAAUAUACUAUUUCUUAAUUAUUAAGGUGGUUUAAUCAAUGAAAGUGUGCGAGAAAUACCGUGAGACGGCAGCUCUUCGUCUAAACUAAACUAAAUCCAUUCCGCCCUAGUGAAUCCUAAUUGCACCUCUUCUUUUCCAAAUAGCACCAUUUGUUUGCCGACUUCAGAGCUACUGUACCUUUGGUAAAACUUUCAUAAUCAUUCGCAAGAUAUUUGUUUGUGAGAAAUCCUGCUAAUAAUGAAAUUAACAAAGAAUACAAGAGAAUGAACCUCCUUAAUGCCUGGAGCUGAUAUCGUAAAACAUUUCCUUCCUUCCAAUUGAUAAUCAAUUACAAUUAAUCUUUUGUAAAUUAUAAUUUUUACGGUACCCUGAUAAUGGAGAAGUGAUAACAAAAUUCACUGAAAUAGCAUUUAGUACCCACUUAAAUGAAAACGCAAAUCCCACCAUUGGUUUGUUUCAUAAAAUGCAAGGGAACGAGUUGACGAAGUAAACAUAGUUGCUCUUGGCGAUCAUUUCAUUAAUCAAAAACUUGAACAUUCUGAACUCUUGAGAACGAUAAGUAAGAAAAAAUAUUCACGUGUUCCUGUUCUCUUUCCCCAAUCAUUAUAUAUAUAUAUAUAUAUAUAUAUAUAUAUAUAUAAAAGCACGAAAACCCAACAACACCCUACUUUCUUAAAGUGUAGGAUCUGAGAAGAUACAAGGCGUCGAAUAACCAACAGUGUCGUGGCCUUUUCAGUGCUUACACACACACAGACACACACACACACACACACACACAUAUAUAUAUAUAUAUAUAUAUAUAUAUAUAUCACUAAAAUCCAACAACACUCAGCAUCCAAAGUGUCGGAUUUAAUAGGAGAUACAUAUAAAUAUGGAGAAAUGAUAACAAAAUUCACUGAAUAGCCUUUAGUACCCACUUGAUGAAAACAUUGGUUUGUUUCAUAAAAUGCAAGGGAAAGAGUUAAAGAAGGAAGCAUAUAUGUUGAUAUAUAUAUAUAUAUAUAUAUAUAUAUAUAUAUAUAUAUAUAUAUAUAUACAAUGUAUACGUUUUAUUUGAAGAUUGCGGAGAGCGUUGUACUAUUGUGAAACUUGCUCUUAAAACUCUGUGUCAUCAGCUAAUCAGCCUUUUAAAAUUUCGUAUAUAAUCGUUUUAAUGAAGCAUUGCUGGGGGUAGAUCAUAUUUCUGUUAAAAAUGCAACGGGUACUUAAUGAUUUUCUGUCUUGUGUGUUUUACGGAAUUUAAUACAGGUAGAACAAAAACCUCUAUAACAUCCUAUUUUAGAUAAUUUUGUGAAAUGGAUUUCACAACAGAGACACGAUAUUGCUCUACUACAUCAUCGACCUGUAGGGAGGUGUGGGUUACAGUCCCUUCGUCUCAUCAGUUCUGUUCACUUAGGAGUCGAUUUAUUAUUCCAAUGAGUUUCAUUGUACAUAUCUAAUACAUUCCGUGAAUACGUUUAGCGUGUCUAUUGUUUCUUUGAUGUAAACUUCGGAGUAUUAUCCCGUCAAAGGCUUAAUUAAAGGGCGUUAUUACGCGAUAUUUUAACUAGCAUCUACAUUUGUCUUUUCAUCGAAUUUUGUGAUAUAUCAUUCAGUAUCGCAUAGACGUUUAUAAUAAAAUCACGUGAUCCUUCUUCAGAUUUGUAAUGUGCAGUUCGAGUACUCUGUUGAUAAAUACUGUUACAUGUAUCUGAAAAGCAUCUCGAGCUGCGUAGCAGUCUAUAUAUAUACAUAUUUAUGCCUUUUCAUGUUAUUCUGUUUGAAAUCAAAGAAGAACUAAAGGAAUUUCCAUUUGAGGGGUAUUAUGAUAAUUUUGUCCCUAUUGUUUUACGUAUUACAUAUACCUGUAUAUUGUUUCAUAUUUUUUGUUUUGUUUUGUUUUAUUUAUUUUUGUUGAUGUUUUUUUUUUCUCUCAGAUACAGUGUACAUAUUGAUCUUUAUGCAUUGUUAGUCGUAUGUGUCGAAAGUCGAUCUCGGUGAAGAUCAAGCUUUCGCUAAUAAAAUUUAUUGCAAUACUCA